AACAGCACAGAGAUUGAGCGCUCUUUAUCUCCAUGACGGGGUACUCAGAGUUUUACUUCAAUGUGGACCAUGGCUACCUGGAGGGGCUGGUCCGAGGUUUUAAAGCUGGGAUCUUGACCAAUGCAGACUACAUCAACCUAGUGCAAUGUGAAACACUGGAAGACUUGAAGUUACAUCUACAGACCACAGACUAUGGCAACUUCUUGGCCAAUGAAACUGGCCCUCUCACUGUUUCCACCAUCGAUGACAAACUGAAAGCCAAAUUACUCACAGAAUUUCAAUACUUUAGAAACCACGCCUUUGAGCCACUUGCCACGUUUCUGAACUUUAUCACGUACAGCUAUAUGAUUGACAACGUGAUUCUGUUGAUAACUGGUACACUGCAUCAGCGACCCAUAGCUGAACUUGUUCCUAAGUGCCACCCUUUGGGCAGUUUUGAGCAAAUGGAAGCAGUAAGCAUUGCCCCAAACCCUGCAGAGCUAUUCAAUGCAAUUUUGGUUGACACACCAUUAGCUCCUUUCUUUCAAGGCUGCUUGUCUGAAAAUGACUUGGACGAAAUGAACAUUGAAAUAAUGCGAAACAAACUGUACAAGUCUUAUCUCGAGGCUUUUUAUAAGUUCUGUGAAAAACAAGGAGGCACCACAGCAGAAAUAAUGUGCCCUGUUCUUGAGUUUGAAGCAGACAGACGUGCUUUUAUCAUCACUAUUAAUUCAUUUGGCACGGAGCUGAGUAAAGACGACAGAGAGAAACUAUAUCCAACUUGUGGAAAACUUUAUCCAGAAGGCUUACGCCUGCUGGCCAACGCAGAGGACUACGAGCAAGUGAAGUGUGUGGCAGAUUACUAUGCAGAAUACAAGGCUAUGUUUGAAGGGGUAGGAAGUGGUACUGGAGAAAAGACACUGGAAGAUGCAUUUUUUGAACAUGAGGUAAAAAUGAAUGUGCUUGCCUUCAAUAAUCAGUUCCAUUUUGGAGUGUUCUACGCUUAUGUCAAGCUGAAGGAACAAGAAAGCAGAAAUAUUGUCUGGAUUGCUGAGUGCAUUUCCCAGAGACAUAGAACCAAAAUUAACAACUACAUACCUAUUUUCUAAUUCAGAGAAUUUAUAGUUCUAGAGUGCACAAACAAAUAAUUUGUGAAUAUUAAAGAAGAAAAUUUUUAAAAAGUUUCUCAGAUUUUACAAAAUGUAUUAAUGGUCACCUUUAUACAUAGCACAAUGGAAGCAAAACUAUACUUGUAUCUAUGAUCUUAAUUUCCCCCC